AUGCAGUCGUUCGGUAUUCUGAGCUUUGCGAUGUCUCUCAUUCUCCUCGCUGGUCUGGGUCUGUUUGAGCUUGUGGCUGCUCGUGCCGACGUCGUGCACAACUGUCCAUAUCAAGUCUGGUGCGCCAUCGUCGAGGGAUACCAGCCCGACGACCCUACGCCCCAGUCCGACCGUCCAGCAGUCGCUUGGGUGAACCAAGCAGCGGGACAACUCCUGACCAGCUAUUUCGGCGACUAUCCACAGGACACGGGCAUCGCGAUGAUGUGUACGCGAGAUCCCACUGCGACGACGCCGCUGGUCACCCAGCUCGAGUACGCCUGGGAGCAGUCCGAGAACCAGACCUAUUUCGACGUCAGCAACGUUGCGGGUGCGCCCUUCGUCGAUGAGGGUUUCAGAAUGGAUGUCGACGAUCCUGAGGAUCCUAAUCUGACGCUCCCGAGUUGUCACGGCGCCUAUUGUGGCCCCGGAGACACCAACUGCAACGAUAUGUACGAGAAGUCCAAUGACGACUUCCAGGGCAUGAGAACCUGCUCGGACUCGGUCAAUAUCAAGUUGACCUUGUGCUCUGGGUGA